ACUUGUGCCGAUCCAGAGUUUGGCGGCCCUCGUUCAGGACGUGAGCAAAUAGUAAAACUGCCAUAAAUCAUCGACGCGUUUUGCAAGCACAGUGCUCAGAAGCGUUUGUCACGAAAAUCUGAAUUCAGCAAGUGUUGCAUAAUGGUUCAGUGAUGUUGUUCAAGAAGGCAAGCUACGUUUAAAUAAUUGUCUUGCAAUGUUUCAUAGCGAAGCUGUUCACUAACGCGUGAUUCAAGAUGGGUGUGUAUCUGGGAUUUAUUCUGUGGAAAAAUAAGUCUAUGGUGCUAUGUGUAUUCACAAUGUUGGUGCUUGGAUGCUUAAUUGCGUUGAUACCAAUCACGCCUGUUAAACUGACAAUUUACCGUGUUUGUUGCGCAGUGACUAGUGACGUAAGAUGUUUGCAUGACUGUCCGGAUGAAAAAUUAAGUGGUUUAAAUGAACGGAAAAUCGAAGAAAAAGCGUGCCGAAAAGAGGGUGCCGAAGGUAAACAUAAACUAGCUGUACUCGUUCCUUUUAGGGACCGUUUUGACGAACUUCUGGAAUUUGUUCCCCAUAUGCACAAGUUUUUGAAAAAGCAGAAUGUAAAUCAUCACAUAUUUGUUUUAAAUCAGAUCGACACUUACCGAUUCAACCGUGCAGCGUUAAUCAACGUUGGAUUCCGAGAAGUGUGCCCGCAGUGUGACUACAUUGCAAUGCAUGAUGUUGAUCUUCUCCCCCUUAAUCCACAACUGUCAUACGGCUAUCCAGAGAAAGGCCCAUUUCAUGUUGCUUCGCCACAGCUGCAUCCUCGCUAUAACUACUCAACGUUUGCUGGAGGAAUACUGCUAAUUAAGAGAGAAGAUUUCCAAAAAGUUAAUGGAAUGAGCAAUAAAUAUUGGGGCUGGGGUUUAGAGGAUGAUGAAUUCUAUAUUCGCCUAAAAGAAGCAAAGCUGCAAAUAUCUCGUCCACAAAAUGUGACUACAGGAAGAAACAGUACAUUUAGGCACAUGCAUGAUAGCGUAAGACGGAAACGUGAUAAGACCAGAUGCUUCAAUCAAAUACAGUUGACAGAGGAUCGUGAUUUGGAGACCGGUGUGAACACAGUGUCUUAUAAACUUGCAGAAAUUAGACAGAUGAGCAUUGAUGGUGAUCGAGCUACAGUUCUAAACGUGAAGCUCCACUGUGAUAAGCUGCUGACUCCAUGGUGUGAAUGUAACUCUAGCAAUCAGUCAGAAAACUAAAUCUGGGCAGCUAGCAAGAUGAAGAAAUUUAGACUGUAAGAUAGUAAAGUACCAAUAUGUUCACAUUAUUUUCAGUAUUUAUAACAUUUUGUUGAUAUCGAGUGGACACCAGUUAUUGGUGUUAAAAUUGAAAACGGCUUAAUGUGAAGGACUUUUAUAUUGUAUGUUUUGUAGUGUUUAAGGCUUAGAACUUCGCAACUUUGUAUUAUGUACCACAUGUUUACUCACUAUUAAUUUUUCAAAUGCAGCUUUAUACCCCUAAUGUUGUCUUUGCACACAAAAAUAAUUUGCAUGAGAGGUGUUAAACAUUAUGUACACUGUAUUUGUUGAUACUUUGCAUCUGUAUCCUGCAUCUUUGAAGCGAUUUAUAGGCAGAGAAAUUUGUGGUGUGGUGAGGAUUUUACCUUUUUAUGACUGCCUUUUCCAUUUUGACUGUAUCCAUUUAAAACCUUUAGCGUGCUCACAUGGCGGUAUGUUUUUCAGACAUACGUGCAGUAGUCACCUUUUUUCGUCUGACACUAUUUUCACACCAGGCUGACGAAACAUGACAUUAAAUAAUUAUUAUGAAAAGGAAAUAAAAAUUGAGGGUUAAUUUAAUUAAAUUGGGUCUUUAGCUGCAGAAUAUUUUGGAGAGUAGACUGGAAAACAUAACUGGGCGGAUUAAAGUACCGUACGUUGCAACGGACAUGGAUGUUCUCCAAUAGCAGUGAGCAAUUUAAUUAUAUGUAACUGCUAUGUUGUAAAGUGUUCUCGUGUUGACGAACUAGUUCAGUUUGCCAUGUGAGUGAGAUGUUUUCAGACCUUGUAGCCUACUGGUCCUUUAUACGACAUUCAAGCUGUAAUAUUUCUGGCUUAGUCAGCCAUCAUAUUAGGCUCCAAGAAGCUGUUCCCAGAGCAGUGGAGAUGGCAAGAAGUAUAUAGAUGACGAAAUGUGGUAUGAGGUACCUGUGACAGAUGUUAGAUUCGGUACCAUUCCUGUGAGAAAAACCGCCUGCAUAAUGCUACUGCUCUGUGAUUAGCUACUGCAUUCGGAGCAAGAGCGCCAAAACGUUAAAGUAUAGUUAUUAUUAUUAGUUAAACUACUCAUUGGAAUGACUUUACUUUUUAAUAUAAAUAUCUCUCAACAGCUGACUAUCAAUCAGUCAUUUUAGAAUUAUUAAAAACAGAUUAAAUCAAAAACAAAAGACUGACGAAAUUGCAGACGAAGCACUUCGGAAGCGUUCGGGUCACGCCUUUUCUGGUAUGGCGCGCGAAGUGUUUCGGGCUGCUUGUCACUCUGGAUUAGGCAGUCGAGAAGAACAGGCAUGUUGUCUGUCGUAGGAUGUGUUUCCAAUUUUUAUUUAAGCUCCUGUUCGUUACUCUGGAUUAGGCAGUCGAGAAGUACAGUCAUGUUGUCUGUGGCACGAUGUGUUUUCCAGUAUUCAGUAUUAAAAGAUUCACUCUGGUAGCCAAGAGGCACAGACAAGUGCCACAAAUAAUGUAAAGACACAUUUUCGUAAACAUUGUGUUUGAUCAUGUACUUUGUUGUAUCAGCUGGUGUUGUAUUAAGAUCGUGUAGUCUUCUCAUGUGGCUAUAUUAAAAUGCGCGAGUGGCAUCCCAAA